UGCGGGCGGGAGGAUGAAUCGAUGAAGCGCUGCGUUACAGUGCACCAGGCGCCGCGCUGGGAGCCGAGCACGGUGCGUCUCUGACCCCGCCGGCCCUCCCCUCCCGCACCCACUCGCCGAGCCCGGGCCCAUCCGCCGAGCGGUGGCCACCACUGGUCCGGGGCAGCCGCGGCGCGGCCAGAGCGGGUGGGCGCCCGGUCCGUCCCGCAGGUCCCCGAGGCCCGGCGAGCCCCGCAGGGCACAUGUGCCCCCCUGGCUGUCAUCUGCGCGCUGACGGGAGCAUGAUCUAUGCCCGGGCCGGGGCUGCCAAGGAAUUGAUGCGCAUACACGUGGUGGGUCAUUAUGCUGCUGCACCUGUGUAGUGUGAAGAAUCUGUACCAGAACAGGUUUUUAGGCCUGGCCGCCAUGGCAUCUCCAUCUAGAAACAACCAGAACAGGCGCCGCUGCAAGGAGCCACUUCGCCACAGCUACAACCCCAGCCAGUUCCACAGCAUGGCCAUCAGGACCGGCCCCCAUGGCACCGUCACCAUCCCCCGCUCCACCAGCGACACGGACCUGGUGACCUCUGACAGCCGCUCCACGCUCAUGGUCAGCAGCUCCUACUACUCCAUAGGGCACUCCCAGGACCUAGUGAUCCACUGGGACAUAAAGGAGGAAGUGGACGCUGGAGACUGGAUAGGCAUGUAUCUCAUCGAUGAAGUAUUGUCGGAAAACUUUCUGGACUAUAAGAACCGUGGAGUCAAUGGUUCUCAUCGGGGCCAGAUCAUCUGGAAGAUUGAUGCCAGCUCUUACUUUGUGGAACGUGAAACUAAGAUUUGCUUCAAAUACUACCAUGGAGUGAGUGGAGCCCUGAGAGCUACCACCCCAAGUGUCACGGUCAAGAAUUCAGCAGCUCCUAUUUUUAAAAGCGUUGGCUCUUACGAAACUGCCCAGGAGCAGGGAAGUCGGAGGCUGAUCAGCUUUUCUCUCUCAGAUUUCCAGGCCAUGGGGUUGAAGAAAGGGAUGUUUUUCAACCCAGAUCCUUACUUAAAGAUUUCCAUUCAGCCUGGGAAGCACAGCAUCUUCCCUGCCCUCCCUCACCAUGGGCAGGAGAGGAGGUCGAAAAUCAUAGGCAACACCGUGAACCCCGUCUGGCAGACUGAGCAAUUCAGCUUUGUGUCAUUGCCCACUGACGUGCUGGAAAUUGAGGUGAAGGACAAGUUCGCCAAGAGCCGACCCAUCAUCAAGCGCUUCUUGGGGAAGCUUUCAAUGCCGGUUCAGAGACUCCUGGAAAGACACGCCAUAGGGGAUAGGGUGGUCAGCUACACACUCGGCCGCAGGCUCCCAACAGAUCAUGUGAGUGGACAGCUGCAAUUCCGAUUUGAGAUCACUUCCUCCAUCCACCCAGAUGAUGAAGAGAUGACCCCGAGUACGGAAGCUGAGCCAGCGGGCAUGCCGGGCAGCCCUAUGAACAGCCUGGUGGCGAGCAACCCUGGGGACCCUCUGCAGGAGGCACCAGAGCCCUCGGGAAGCUCCGAGUCAGAGAAGCCGAGGGAGGGCAGCGCCCUGGUCGCCGAAGGGAGCGCGAGCCUGGGGCUUGCCAAGCCCGUGGAGGAAGCGGCAGGUACCACUGAGGCAGGAAACGACCUCGACACAGUCUCUGUGGGACCUGAUGGGGCUGGGGAGCUUCUGGGCCUGGGGCGAGAGGACACCGAGCCCACCCUGAGCGCAGAAGAGGUGGCCGAGGGGCUGGCCCGGGGAGGCGAGGCACCCCCACCGGAGCUGCCGGAGGACAGCGACGCCCAGGACCAACCUGGGGAUCCUGCGGCAGAGGAAGCGGCCCAAGAGAGCAGGGCGGAGGGGCAGGAGGAAGAGGGCCAGGCGGCGGAGGCGGCGGAGGAGGGCGAUGGGCACGUGCCCGCCCUGGGAGCCCCGGAGGCCAGGCUGCCGCUGCGCGCCUCGGCGAAGCGGAAGAACAGGCCCUGCUCCUUGCCGGUGUCGGAGCUGGAGACGGUGAUCGCGUCGGCCUGCAGCGACCCGGAAACGCCGCGCACUCACUACAUCCGCCUCCACACGCUGCUGCACAGCAUGCCCCUGGUCCGGGCCGGCAGCCCCGCGGAGGACGACGGCGCGGAGGAAGAGCCCACUCUCACGGACACGGCGGAGAAGGACGGGCUCAGCGACGGCGACACGGUCGCUGCUGAGCCGCCUGCCCUGGAGGAGGGCAUGGAGGACCCUGAGGGGGCCACUCUCGGGACCAUGGCCCCCGGCCUCUCCGGCGUGGCCAGCAGCUCGGCCCCGGAUGGCGACACGCACCCCAGCACGGGCAGCGAGAGUGACUACAGCCCCAGGCAAGGCGGGGACCACAGCUUCGAGGGCUGCGACGCGUCCUGUUGCAGCCCCUCCUGCUACAGCUCCUCCUGCUACAGCACGUCCUGCUACAGCUCCUCCUGCUACAGCUCCUCCUGCUACAAUGGCAACCGGUUCACCAGCCACACCCGCUUCUCCUCCAUGGACAGCGCCAAGAUCUCCGAGAGCACCGUCUUCUCCUCGCAGGAGGAGGAGGAGGAGGAGAACAGCGCGUUCGAGUCGGUGCCGGACUCGGUGCAGAGCCCAGAGCUGGACCUGGAGUCUGUGAACGCGGCCGGGCCGUGGCACGACCAGCCAGCCGCCCCCACCACCGGGAGCAUGAGCGAGAGUGUGGCAAGAACCGCGGAUGGUGUGGAAGCCCCCAUGGCGGGGCCAAGCAAUCGGAGAGAAGGUGAAUGUCCUAUACUCCAUAAUUCACAGCCAGUAAACCAGCUUCCUUCCUUGAGGCCUGAACAUCAUCACUACCCAACAAUCGAUGAGCCUCUUCCACCAAACUGGGAAGCUCGCAUCGACAGCCAUGGGCGGGUCUUCUAUGUGGACCACGUGAACCGCACGACCACCUGGCAGCGUCCAACAGCAGCAGCCACCCCGGAUGGGAUGCGGAGAUCAGGGUCCAUCCAGCAGAUGGAGCAACUCAACAAGCGGUACCAAAAUAUUCAGCGAACCAUUGCCACAGAGAGGCCGGAAGAAGAUUCUAGUAGCCAAAGUUGUGAGCAAGUUCCAGCAGGAGUCGGCGGAGGAGGUGGUGAGAGUGACUCAGACACUGAAUCUUCUCAGUUGAGCUUAGAUCUGAGGAGAGAAGGGUCACUUUCUCCGGUGAACUCACAAAAAAUCACCUUGCUGCUGCAGUCGCCCGCGGUCAAGUUUAUCACCAAUCCUGAAUUCUUCACUGUACUGCAUGCCAAUUAUAAUGCUUACCGCGUCUUCACCAGUAGCACCUGCUUAAAGCACAUGAUUCUGAAAGUCCGGCGGGAUGCACGCAAUUUUGAACGCUACCAGCAUAACCGGGACUUGGUGAAUUUCAUUAACAUGUUUGCAGACACACGUCUGGAAUUGCCUCGGGGCUGGGAGAUCAAAACGGACCAGCAGGGAAAGUCUUUUUUCGUGGACCACAACAGUCGAGCGACCACUUUCAUUGACCCCCGAAUCCCUCUUCAGAACGGCCGUCUUCCUAAUCAUCUGAUGCAUCGCCAGCACCUCCAGAGGCUCCGCAGUUACAGUGCUGGAGAGGCCUCAGAUGUCUGUAGAAACAGAGGAACCUCUUUAAUGGCCCGGCCAGGACACAGCCUAGUUGCUGCUAUUCGAAGCCAGCAUCAACAUGAGUCGUUGCCACUGGCGUAUAAUGACAAGAUCGUGGCAUUUCUUCGCCAGCCAAACAUUUUUGAAAUGCUGCAAGAGCGUCAGCCAAGCUUGGCCAGAAACCACACACUCAGGGAGAAAAUCCAUUACAUUCGGACUGAGGGUAAUAAUGGGCUGGAAAAGUUGUCCUGUGAUGCAGAUCUAGUUAUUUUGCUGAGUCUCUUUGAAGAAGAGAUUAUGUCCUACAUCCCCCUGCAAGCUGCCUUCCAUCCAGGGUACAGCUUCUCUCCCCGCUGUUCACCCUGCUCCUCACCUCAGAACUCCCCAGGUUUACAGAGAGCCAGUGCAAGAGCCCCUUCGCCCUACCGGAGAGACUUUGAGGCCAAGCUCCGUAAUUUCUACCGAAAACUGGAAGCCAAAGGAUUUGGUCAGGGUCCAGGGAAAAUUAAGCUCAUCAUUCGCCGGGAUCACUUGUUGGAAGGAACCUUCAAUCAGGUGAUGGCUUAUUCCCGGAAGGAGCUCCAGCGAAACAAACUCUACGUCACCUUUGUUGGAGAAGAGGGCCUGGAUUACAGUGGUCCUUCGCGAGAGUUCUUCUUCCUUUUGUCUCAGGAGCUCUUCAACCCUUACUACGGACUCUUUGAGUAUUCUGCAAAUGAUACCUACACGGUGCAAAUCAGUCCCAUGUCUGCAUUUGUGGAAAACCAUCUAGAAUGGUUCAGGUUUAGUGGUCGUAUCCUAGGCCUGGCUCUGAUUCAUCAGUACCUUCUCGACGCCUUCUUCACAAGGCCCUUCUAUAAGGCGCUCCUGAGACUGCCCUGUGAUUUAAGUGACCUGGAAUAUUUGGAUGAGGAAUUCCACCAGAGCUUGCAAUGGAUGAAGGACAACAACAUCACAGAUAUCCUAGACCUCACUUUCACUGUUAAUGAAGAGGUUUUUGGACAGGUAACAGAAAGGGAGUUAAAAUCCGGAGGAGCCAACACCCAGGUGACGGAGAAGAACAAGAAGGAGUACAUCGAGAGGAUGGUGAAGUGGCGGGUGGAACGUGGCGUGGUGCAGCAGACGGAGGCCCUGGUGCGGGGCUUUUAUGAGGUCAUAGACUCUAGGCUUGUCUCCGUGUUCGAUGCCAGGGAACUGGAGCUGGUGAUAGCUGGCACAGCAGAAAUCGACCUAAAUGACUGGCGGAAUAACACCGAGUACCGGGGAGGUUACCAUGAUGGGCAUCUUGUGAUCCGCUGGUUCUGGGCCGCAGUGGAGCACUUCAAUAAUGAGCAGAGGUUAAGAUUACUUCAGUUCGUCACAGGAACAUCAAGUGUGCCCUAUGAAGGCUUCGCGGCCCUUCGAGGAAGCAAUGGGCUUCGGCGUUUCUGCAUAGAGAAAUGGGGGAAAAUUACAUCUCUACCCAGGGCACACACAUGCUUCAACAGAUUGGAUCUUCCACCUUAUCCCUCAUACUCCAUGUUGUAUGAAAAGCUGUUAACAGCAGUAGAAGAAACUAGCACUUUUGGACUUGAAUAAAGAAAUGGAAACUCGCCUGACAUUUUCCUGGACAGUGACCACCCUUUCUGGAAAAAUCCCCCUUUCCUUUUCCCUUCCCCUGAAUCAACUCUUCUUUGAUGUUGGUACUUCAUGAUUUUUACUUUCAAACCAAAUCAGAAUGGACAAAAGCUGUGCAUGAAGAACUGCCUUCUUCUAAGAUAUAACCUUCAGGCUUAUCUCCUCUAUUUUCAAUGAACUGCUAGCCUGUAUGCAAUAUUAAAGAACAGCUGUCUCAAGAUCUGUGUAUAUCUCCACAUACCUCCAUUACUAACAAUGAAAUAUGAAUGCUAGUUAUGCUACACUUGACCAAAUAGUAUUAAAUGUUUACUUCCAUUUAUAUAAUUUAAGGGAAAAUUGUAAGCAUUAAGCAUUCCAAGCUUUUAUAUGCCCAUGUCUUCUGAGCAGAGCCACCUUUUUUUUAAUAUAUAAUUUCUAACAACCAACUCUAAAACUAGGAGUUGAUCAACUCUUUCUUUCCCUCCGCUCUACUUUUCCCUGUGCAUAUAUCCAUGCAAAAGCAGCAGUAGAAAACCCAAAAUUUUUUAUUACAUUCAACUCAUAAUUUAUAUGUGGCAUCAGUCCCAUCAGCUGGAACUAGCCUAAACAUAUGGUGCAAAUAUGACACUUUCCAACAAAUAAUAACAGCGAGAUAAACACCUUUCCUGAUGCAACACAAUGCAUCCCAAUGGUUGUGGGGAUUGUGGCUCAAUUUCAGCUUAGAGAAAUCUAAGAGGGACACACCCUUCAGGAACAUUCACCACACAAGAAGCACAAACUCGUGCACAUGUCCAAGAAGGAUAUCUCAUUCUGUAGUUCAUAUAAAUGACAAGGCUUCCGCCCCCAUCGUGUUAUAUACAAUGUGAUGAAGCAAACAGGAAAAAGAGAAGGGGGACAUAGUAGGUUGGUUUAAAUACCUGAGUGCUGUACUGUUUUGUUCUGUUUCGCUACAGUUCUCCCACACAAAGGGGAAAAAAUGCAUAGAUAAUCUCAUGACUUCUGGUAAAGCCAGGUAAUUACUUGUAUGGCAAACAAAUUUUUAUUUUAACUUGAAUAUUGAUUUUUCAUGCUGUUUUCUUAAUUAUGGCAUUCAAAUUCCUUCACAUCUGAUUGUCCACAGGGACCACACUAAAUAAGAAGCUGCAGAUAGCGAUGGUGCUUGUUAGGGGUCAAGGGCAGUAUAGUGCUUUUUCAUUCAUAGCAGUCCUCCCAGAGCAGAGCCCUAACACCUCAAAGGCAUGUUGAUUUGUGUCAAAAUAGAUAUUAGUUUCUUUUAGCAUUCAGUAAAGAGAUAACACAGAAAACUUAGUGUUUCCAGAAAAACAACUGCAAGCUCCAAAGACAUUCAAUCUAAACCCAAGCAUAAUGGUCCUUUGCUAUUUUUCUAACCUUGUUAUCCAUGUUGUCUGAACUAUGUCACACAUAAAAAGUGUUUUUCUUCACUGGGAAAAGAAGAGCUGAAAGGCCCCACUGUUGAAAUGUCGCAUUUUUGUUUUAUUAAUACAGGAAACGAAGAAAAACUGGUGAGAAACAUAAAACAAAGUUAAUUUCCUAUGAAGCCAAGCCUUGUUCUCAUUACAUUAGUCUGUGUUUGGACAUGCAUUGUGUUCCUUGCACUCCAAUAUGAAACAUUCUUUUAGUAGGGAUUAUUUACAAUGCCCAGCACCCCUUGCUGCAGUGUACUUUUUGUCCAUCAGGGAAUAUAUAUGUUAUAGAAAUUUAGCUUUCAGUUGUCGUCUAGAAAGAAUAUUUCCCAAGAUAGAAUUGAAUGUGUAAGGUACAUAAUAUGGAAUUUGGGAACCUAUAAAAUUCAGUAUACAUUUCAAUAUCUGAAAAAUUUUCUAUUAUUUAUUUAUGAAAUCAGAACAUAAGGAUUAUGCUGAUCAUUUCACAAUUCUAAUGCUUUAAUACAUACAAGGAUAAAACUACUGCUGCCAUUCUCUUUUAAUACAUAACCAUAUGUCCUUUAACAAUAAGUUAUUUUGUGCAAGCCAAUGAGCUGGACCUUCUAGUGUAGGAGGCAUCUAUUAUUUUUAGAACUUGGUGUUACAUGUAUGUAAAUACUCAUUAAUUCAAGCAAUCAAUUCUCUUUUUAGUACUUAUAUUAUUUGUUAGGCAUUGGCAAGAGAGAAAGCUGUUAAAAAUGGAACCUGUUUUAUAAAUUGUACAAAUAUCUAAUUAAUCUAUUGAUUAGAUUAAUUAAUGUCUAUUCCACCCAUAUGCAGAAGGAAAAAGAUAUUCUAGAAAUUAUAUAUAGAUAGAUAACUUGGUCAUAAAUGGGUUUUUUUACCUACCCUACCCCCAAUGCCAUGACUCUACUAGAUGUAUCUCAAAAAGCAUUACAGGAACAGUGUUUCAUAAAAGUAUAAAGUCUCAAAAAAACCCUGUUGUCAAAGUCAGCUGAAAGAAUGCAUAGCUUGCUUUACAGGGUCCCAGAUCCCAUUAAAGCCUUUGAUAGACUCCUUAAGGAAGAAAAACAAAGAAAAAAGGAAUACAGAUAAUUAUUACAGAAAGAUCCUUUUUAUUUUUUUCUAUGUUCUGAAAGAUGUUUUCUUAGUUAAUAUUUCCUCAUACAUGAGGCUGAUUUUUAAAUUAUGUAUAAUUCUUCAUUAUAUAUAAUAAAACAGCUAUAGGACUAAAUUAUGCUAUUAAUUUCACAGAUGGAAAUGUAAACCACCCAAGUUAUAUAAUUUAAUGGGCAAGGCAGAUCUAUUUGUUAUCACUUGUAUUUUUUUUUUCAUUUAAAGUAUGAGUUUUCUCCAUGACAUAUUAUAAAAUUAAUCACUUGUAAACAGCAUUUUCUCUAAAACAAGAUCUUUUAGAGCUAGUUUUAGUAAAGUAUAUUACCCUUAAUUGAGGGAUAAACAAGAACAAUACAAAAGAGAAAAACAUGUUACAAUUGGAAAAAAUGCUUUUGAAAUGCUAUAAAGUAUUAUUAAUUUCAUGGCUAUCACAUUUUAUUCUGUCAUAUGAAGACAGUAAUCUUAAAAAUAGAAAAUUGACUCUGUAGGAUCAGAAGUAUUCUAAAUAUCCUGAGUUCUUUGUAACUUCCUGCAUAUAUAAGUUGAGAAAAAAUUUUAACCAUCACUAUUGUAGCACAAUUUUUUGAAUGGCAAUGCAAAAUUAAGAAAGAUAUAUAUUUUUGGCAGGCUUUAAAUAUGACAAAAGUCUAAAUGUGUUCUCCUUUAACAUAUGUCCCUAUGUCCUUUCACAGUAAGUGUAUUUUUGUGCAAGUCAAUGAACUGGACUUUCCAGGGCAUUUAAAUAUUACAUUUAUGACAUUGUCAGUCCUGUGUCAAACCGUGUGUCCAAAUUUUGGGUUCAGAAAAUUUCUCAGUUGCCACAAAUGUUUUCAAAGUCAAGAUGAAGCACUUUCAAAUGAAACUAGUUAGACUUUCACAUAACAAAUGUGGUGCUUUAUUAUUUUUAUUAUUAUUAUUAUUUAUUUUUGUGUUCACUAAAACUAUUGCUUCCAUUCUAUAACAUAAAAAUCUAGGAUAGGUGUUCCAGCUCUCAUAAGAUCAAAAGAGAAAGUGUUAUUUUCCUAUUAGUGACAUAGAGUUCCUUUGUUCCAAUAGAAAAAAAUAGAUGCCAACAGGUAGACUAUAGAGUAAAUGUCAGUCCAUCAGCCUACUUCCUGCAGCUCCUGAAUUAUCUAAGGAAAUACCUAUAACAAUUUUGCUAAAAGUCUUUGUUCUAGUCAAUAGCAGGAGAAGUCCACAUUAUUGGGCUGAUUUUGCUACCAUUGACAAGAGAAAUGUCACGUGAUACUCAGGCCAAGCUUUCUCUUCCCUCAUAUCACUUUCAAGGAAUGUCAAUAAACUCACUUUGGUA